AUGCGCGCCCAUACGCCUGACGGCUCUGGAGGCCGACGGGUCUCUUCUAGCAACAGGUUUCGAGCUAGCACUUCUGCCAUCGGGCGCCCUCAGACCACUCUAAGAGAGUCCAGGAUAUCAUCCUUCCGAGCGAGUACUCAGCCGACAUACAACUUCUUCACCGGCGAAUCAAACCUUCCCCGUCCUUCCUCCCGACAAGGCCAUACCGCCGAGUCUGUCCGCCCGGGUUCACGCGACAGUUUUAAAGAGAACAUGGCGCCGCCCGAUGCCGACGAGUAUGAAAAGUACAGGAAGGAGAUCGAGGCCCUGAAGGCUGAGAUUGGCACCCUGCAAUAUCGCAUGCAAACAUCCGAACAAGAGAAGGAGAUUGCUUUGUCGCAGCACAACAGCAAACUCGAGCAAGCGCGCCGACGAGAGCAGGAUGAGGCACAGCAGCGCCAGGCCGCCGAGGCCGACCGCGAAAAGGCAGCGAGCCAAACCGAAGCGCUUCGAAAGGAAUUGGAAGAGUUGAAAGAGAACAUCGAAGGCGACAAGAAAGCCCUGGAGCGAAAAGCCCGUGAGGCAGAGGACGAAGCCCGCCUACUGCAGGAACAGUUGGAGGACUUGUCCACGGCCAAGGAGGAGGCUGCGCGCAUUGCUGAUCGAAAGGUUACCGACCUGGAAAUGCAGAUUGCCGCAUCGCAAAAGUCGCUACAAGAAUACGAGCAGGAGAUCGACCAGCGAGAAAAUGUCCUUCAACAAGCCCAGACUCAGCUGGCGGAGAAGGACGCACAAAUCGGCAACCUCGAGGCGGACGUGCUACGGCUAAAGGCACAGAGCGGAGAUGCCGAAACGAUGGAGAUAAUCAGACAAGAACUGUCGGAGCAGGUCCACCAUAUUCGAAACCUUGAAGCGACCAAUCGCGACCAGCUUUCCGAACUUAAGCACCUACGAGCGUUGAGCAAGGCAGUCGAGGUCGUCGAGGAGGAGAAGCGAAGUCUGCAGCGCAAGCUCGAGGCUGCUGAAAUGGUCGAGGCAGAGCUUGCUGAAGCCCGUAUUCAGCGACAGAGACUCGAGGAUGAGCGAUUGGCCUGGUCGGCGUACCUGAAGAACGCGUCCGAGACUGGUGACAACGAGUUUGAUUCUCCGGAGGCUGUGGCAAGGGCGCUUGUCCAGGAGCGUCUGACUACGGCGUCGUAUGUGGAAAAGUUGGGUGCUCUUCAAGCCGAGAUGACGGCAACACAGAACACCAUUCAGACGCUACAAGACGAGAAGGCUCAGCUCAAGACCGAAGUUGAGAAUGCAAAGACAUCAGCAAACGCCAACAACACCGACAAGGCUCGACUGCGACUGGAACGACAACGCGCCCUGGCUGUCAAGGAGGUGGAAUACCUUCGAACUCAGCUCAAGACUUUCGAUACCGAGGAUGAGACGGUCCAACCAGAACAGUUUGAUGAAGCCCGCGCGAAGAGAGUUCAAGAGCUCGAGGAUCUCGUGGACAAGUAUAAGAUGGAAGUGCAGAGUCUGCACGCUGAGCUGUCAUCCGUGGAACCGUCUGCUACAGGCACACCUCAGCCGGCAACUGGUAGCAAACGCUCCCGACCUGAGGAUGACAAUGCCCACGAGCAGCUUGGACAGCUUGCGCGCAAGAACCGCAAGCUGCAGGAGGAGCUGUCCAGCUUCCAGACCAAGGUGGCGUUGCUGGAGAAGGACCUGUCAGCCAACCGCGAGCAGCUGAAGGCUGCGAAGCAACAGACGCAGACUCGUGUUCUCUCCCUCAAGUCUAAUCCGACAUCGGACUAUGAAGCCAUCAAGCGGUCUACACUGGAGGCCCUUCAGAAGGAGAACCAAGACUUGUUGGCAACCCUUCGUUCCAAGACUGGCAACUCGUCAGUCCCCAUGAUUCCCACCUCUGUGCUUUCAGCGAUGGAGCGUGAGAUUGCGGCUGCCAAGGCCGAAACCGCGUCGGCCCAAAAGUCCGCGCGGCGCCUCAAGGAAGUCUGGGGAUCCAAGUCGCAAGAGUUCAAGGAGGCCAUCUUCUCGACUCUUGGCUGGACCGUCACCUUUAUCCCGAACGGCAAGAUGCGGGUCGAGAGCACAUUCUACCCCUCACAGACAGACGAACAUGAGAAUUCGAUCGUCUUUGACGGUGAGCGGGGAACCAUGAAGGUGGGAGGUGGCCCGCGAAGCGCGUUUGCGAGAAGGAUCAGUGAUCAGAUUGGGUUCUGGGUGAGGGAAAAGGGGUGCAUCCCAGGCUUCUUGGCAGCGUUGACGCUGGAGUUUUACGAGGAACAUACACGGGCGUCCAAGCCUUGA